GCUGGCGGGGACACCCGGCAGAAGUGACAUCGGGCAGAGGGGACACCGAGCAGAAGUGACACGGUGGCUGGAGAGGGCUGGGGGAGCUGCGCUGCUCCUGCGGCUGUCCCGGCGCUUCCGAAGGAGAAAAGAAUGAGAAGCUCCGGCUGCGCAGCCGCCCCGGCCCCAGGCGGUCUCCUGGGGCUCGGGAUUUACUCCUGAACCUGCUUUCAGGAACCGCCCCCUUCACGGUGUGCGGUGACCCGCUCCGGCCAUCUCCCCUUCCUCUCCUUCCUUGAGCAGCCGUGUGCUGGCGGGGUCACAUGCUUGGUCUUUGGUGCCUUUAAUCCCACCCUCAGCGCCCGAGAGGGAGGAGAGAAAUUCGCGGAAGAGAAGUAAGACAGACGCCGAGAGCGGGAUCGCGGUGGGAGAGGAGCUGCGUGCGGGAGGGAGGCAGGAACUGCCCAGCGGAUCGGACUUGCACAACCUGUGCAGCUUUGGCAGCAAUGGCCCCAGAGAGGGACGCAUUGAAGUGAAGGAUUGAGGCCAUGAGCAGUGCAGGAGUGCCCUCCUUCUGCAGCAGUUAUGUUAAACCGAGCAUGGCAGCUCUGUGGGAAGUGGUGCCGUUGGUCCAGCCCUUUCAUCCAUCUCCUCACCCUGACUGUGGUGACUUUUGCUGUGGUGGCACCUUUGAUCUGCCACCGGCUCCUCCACUCUUACUUCUACCUGCGGCGCUGGCACCUGAACCCCAUGAGCCAGGAGUUCCUGGAGCAGAACCAGCAGGAGGGCCAGGAUGCCCUCCAUUAUUUUGAGAAGAUGCAGAUGCCAAAUGCCUCUGAGGUGUCUGGCAGUGAAGCCUUCCAGCCCUUGCUGCUGAUCACCAUUAUCACCGUGCAGAGGCAGAAUGAUUUCCACUACGUCUUGCAAGUGGCCUCCCACUUCCACCGCCUCCUCCAGAAAUGUGGGGUGCGUUGCCAGAGCCACCGCAUGCUCCUCUGUAAUGUGGAGUCAGACCCCAGCAUCCAUCAGGAUGUCAGGCUGCUGAGCAGCCUCUUUCCUAUGGUCAGUCGUGACAGAACUGGAGAGAAUCCUGACCCCAGCCUCAACCAGUUUGAGAAGGAGAAGCAGGACUAUGUCUUCUGCCUUGAGCAGUCACUGUUGGUGUACAACCCAGAGUACAUCCUCCUUGUGGAAGAUGAUGCCGUGCCAGAGAAGGAGAUAUUUUCUGUCUUGCAGCACCUCUUCUUGGCCCGGUUCUCCAAGCCCUACCUCAGAGACGCUCUCUACUUCAAGCUGUACCAUCCUGAGAGGCUCCAGCACUACUUCAACCCUGAGCCCAUGAGGAUUCUGGAGUGGCUGGGUCUGGGCAUGUUUCUGGGGCCGGUGCUGACCUUUGCAUACUGCUGGGCCUCAGAGCUGGUGGGGCGGCACUAUGGGCUGGAGCUGCGCCGUCUGCACCCCGCACUCUACAACGUGGUGCCAGCCAGUGAGUGCUGCACGCCCGCCAUGCUCUUCCCUGCUGCCUCUGCCCGCCGGGCCUCAGAAUACCUGCAGGGGCUGCGCUGCCGCCAGGGCUUCGCCAAGGACACUGCCCUCUACUCGCUGCUGCGGGGCAAGGGCGAGAACGCCUUUGUGGUGGAGCCCAACCUGGUGCGGCACGUGGGGAUGUACUCCAGCCUCCGACUGAACAGCAACCCAAAACUGCUGUGAGCUGCUCCUGCCUUGCCACACAAAAAACACCCAGGACACUUGCCAUGGGCUGAGGAACAGUGUGCAGACUUGCAUUCUGUGCUGCUUGCACUGGGCAUCCUGUGUCUGUAUGUGGACAGAGAAUAACUCUUUCUAAAAUGACAAGUUUUCUUAAAAAAAUCAGCCUAUGUACAUUCAGACCCUGUUUAGUAUGAACUUUGAACUAAUCACCAUGCACCACCUGGGAGAGGAGUGGAGGAUUCCAGCCCAAUCUCCUUAGCCGUUUCCAAAGAAAAGCUCUCACAUCAACAUGCACAGCUUUCCUGCCUACUCUCCUGAACAGUGGUUACAAAAAUUCUUGCCUUAGGACAGCAAAAAUGUUGGACAAAGUGAAUGUUUCAAAUUCAAGCUAAUGAGGAGGGAAAGGGCUUAUUUCCCCAUCCUUACUAAGGUCUGAUCUUUGACCUGUCUCUGCUCCAAAGCUGUGGUUUUGAGCAGACCUUCAAAAGCAGAAGUGGUUUGCAGGAACUUUCCCACAAAUUCUGCCUAGAUUCUUCAAAUUGAUGAAGUCUCUUUAGUUGCUGUCUCCCUGUCUACACCUCCACCAUUCCCACUUCUUUUGCUUCCACCUGAGGCUUUUAAAUGCAAAACCUCUGCUGCCUAUUGAAGGUCAUCUCUGGGAGUUGGGAUAGGAAAACAGAAUCACAGCCACUGGUGUCACACUGAUGGGUCAGAAAUGCACAUUUUCAUUGAUACAUGACACACAUUGUACAUAAUGAUUGCUGUGUUGGUGAGGAUCAUCACUCAUUGUACUGGCUCCAUUAAGAAAGGUUUUAUCAA